AUGUUGAUUCUGGAAAAGUCCGACAUCCUCACCCCCCCCGAAUUCCGGUCCAUCGCACAACAAAAGAGCGCCGCGGAGCAAAAGUUCAUGAGUCGAUGGGACGAAGGACAUGAUGAGAGGGAGGGGACGUGUGCGACGGAGGAUCAUAGUUUCGCGGGAUCGAAACCGGGGGGGUCGGAUACGUUGCCGGGGUGGGGGAUUUUGAAGGAUAAAUUGGGAUUGUAA